UCCCUUUCACGAUACCAAAUCAAUAGGAGUGAUAUGAUUGGCUGGUUUGGAUAACACAAAAUCCACAACUGUAUCCUUCACAAAACCCAGAAGCAACCUCCAAUUUCUUCACACAUUCUCUCUCUCUCAUCAGAAACCAGAAAUGGGAGGAGUUUCUUUCCUCUCCACUGUUCCCUCCUUCACCAACAUCAACAAUCGUCAACAACAUCUCACAUUCUCUUCUUCUCAUCGCUCUGUUCUCAUUCGAUGUUGCAAGACCGAUCAUCAAGUUUCCGACAACACUUUUUCUUUUCACCGGCGAGAUGUUCUCAAACUCGCCGGGACUGCUGUCGGAAUGGAAUUAAUAGGUAACGGUUUCAUUAACCAUGUGGACGAUGCAAAAGCUGCUGAUCUGAAUCAGCGUAGACAGCGAUCAGAGUUUCAAUCAAAGAUCAAGCUUACACUUUCAAAAGCGGUUAAGGCUAAACCGGAGCUUGUUCCUUCUUUACUUACUCUAGCUCUUAAUGAUGCUAUGACUUAUGAUAAGGCUACAAAAUCUGGUGGAGCCAAUGGAUCCAUACGGUUCAGCUCGGAGAUAAGCAGAGCAGAGAACGCUGGGCUUUCUGAUGGGUUGGCUCUCAUAGAGGAAGCAAAGAAGGAGAUUGACUCGUUCUCAAAGGGUGGACCUAUUUCAUAUGCAGAUCUCAUUCAACUGGCAGGGCAAGCAGCGGUGAAGGCUACAUUUUUAACAUCAGCAAUCCGAAAAUGUGGUGGAAACGAAGAGAAAGGGAACUUACUCUACACAGCAUAUGGUUCAAGUGGUCAGUGGGGUUUGUUUGAUAGACAAUUCGGAAGGAGUGAUGCAACAGAGGCAGAUCCAGAAGGGAGGAUCCCAUUAUGGGGAAAAGCAACUGUUCAAGAGAUGAAAGAUAAGUUCAUUGCCAUCGGAUUGGGUCCUCGUCAGUUAGCUGUAAUGUCUGCAUUCUUGGGUCCUGAUCAAGCCGCAACAGAGGAGCUCUUAGCUAGCGACCCACAAGUUGCACCAUGGGUUCAGAAGUACCAACGAAGCCGUGAAACUGUAUCUCAGACAGAUUACGAGGUCGAUCUGAUAACUGCAUUGACAAAGCUAAGUGGUCUAGGACAGCAAAUCAACUAUGAGGCAUACACAUACCCUGUCGAGCGGAUCAAUCUUAGCAAACUCAAGCUGUGAGCAUAAGCGUGACAACAAGUUUAAGUCAUUGUAUAACUUGAGCAAACUUGAACUCAUUAAUACAUUCAAGAUUAUUCUUGACAUUCCAAUGGAAAAUAAAAGAAAAAUCAGAAACCAA